CCCCCCCCCCGACAGGGUUUCUCUGUGUAGCUUUGCGCCUUUCCUUGAUCUCGCUCUGUAGACCAGGCUGGCCUCGAACUCACAAAGAUCCGCCUGCCUCUGCCUCCCCAGUGCUGGGAUUAAAGGCGUGCGCCACCACCGCCCGGCGAGGACAUGCUUUUUUAAAACACUGCUAUGUGAAUAUAAAUUGUUCUCAAUCAUAUUUGAGGGCUGGAGGUAUAACUCAGUGGUAAGAGUGCUUGCCUGUCAUGCCUGAGGUCCUAGGUUUCAACCCUCAGCGCUGCAAAAUAUAAUAAUGAGUAUUAAAAAUUAAAGAAUAGCGGAGUGCAGGCUGCAUGUCUUUAAUUCUAACACUCAGAAGGCAGAGGCAAGUGGGCUUCCCUUAGGUUCAAGGCCAGUCUGACAUACACAGUUCCGGGCCGGCCAAGGCUGCGUAGUGAGACCCUGUCCCCCCCAAAAAAAACACAAAAUAUUAAAUAAUAAAUUACUAAUUAUUAUUUCCUUUUAGUUUUCUGUGUGAGAUGCAUGUUGUCCUUUUUAGAGCUAACUGAAGAGCUCCUUCCCACUUGAAAUUGCCAGCAGUGAGGGGUGGGGGUGGUCAGCAGAUGGAGGAGGAGAUAGGGGAAGGGGGUGCUUUCUGCCUGCCUGCAAGAUAAGACAGUGCAAGAAUGAUGGGAGCUUUUACAGUGACGGAAAGUGUGACUGUGGGAGGCUUAGAAUGUUCCAGAGGGGCGCUUCACUUACUUAAUAAUCAUACCCAGAAAGUGUUGUCUGCAACACAAAAACAGAAACGCUGCGUUUUGAAUCAAGAGUUAGGGUUUCAGCCCCAGCUUCUGUUUACGGGAUGAGUAGUCAACUACCUCACCUGUUUUCUUCAUUCACAGAAUAAGGGUAAUUUGAAACCUGUCUCAGGGUGCUGUGAGCAUCAGUUGGCUAAUGUAUGGAAAAGGCCCUGUAAAUUGCCAACAACUCUAUAAAAGUUCUGGUGACGAUAUCAGCUGAAUGUCAGGAAACUACCAGAAGCCAGAUGUUGUGAUCACGACUGAGAUGACACCUUGGUCUCCAGUGCUGGGCUUUUGCAGUACAGAAGAGAGAUGCCUGCCUCGUCGUGGGUCAGAAAGGGUUCCCCAAAGGGGUCUAAUUAAUAGAAGAUGGCAAGGCCCAGUCACAGCAGCUAUGUCCUCCAGCAGCUAAACAACCAAAGAGAGUGGGGUUUUCUCUGUGACUGCUGCAUUGCUAUCGACGACAUCUACUUCCAAGCACACAAGGCAGUCUUGGCUGCCUGUAGCUCCUAUUUUAGAAUGUUUUUCAUGAACCAUCAGCACAGUACUGCACAACUGAAUCUCAGCAACAUGAAAAUAAGCGCCGAGUGUUUUGAUCUCAUUCUGCAGUUCAUGUAUUUGGGAAAGAUUAUGACCGCUCCUUCCAGUUUCGAGCAGUUCAAAGUGGCAAUGAACCACCUACAGCUGUACAAUGUCCCUGACUGCUUAGAAGACAUACAGGACGCAGACUGCUCUAGUUCCAAAUGCUCGUCCUCGGCUUCCAGUAAGCAGAACAGCAAGAUGAUUUUUGGGGUAAGAAUGUAUGAAGACACCGUGGCUAGAAAUGGCAGUGAAGCCAACAGGUGGUGUGCAGAGCCCAGUUCAACAGUGAACACACCACACAAUAGAGAGCCUGAUGAGGAACCGUUACAGUUAGCUCACUUUCCGGAGCCACUGUUUGAUGUGUGUAAAAAAAGUUCCGUGUCCAAAUUAUCGACUCCCAAAGAACGUGUGUCUCGACGCUUUGGACGGAGUUUUACCUGUGAUAGCUGUGGCUUUGGCUUCAGCUGUGAAAAAUUACUAGAUGAACAUGUGCUGACCUGCACUAACAGACAUUCAUACCAAAACACAACAAGAGCUUACCACCGAAUAGUGGAUAUUAGAGAUGGAAAAGAUAGUAACAUCAAAGCUGAACUUGGUGAAAAGGAUUCUUCUAAAACAUUUUCUGCGCAGACAGACAAAUACAGAGAAGACGCCAGCCAGGCGCCUGAUGAUUCAGCUUCGACCACUGGAAGCAGAAAGGGCACAGCGGAGCCUGGACUGGCUGGGGAAGAAAAGGGUAGAGCUGCUGAGACGAAAAGAAUUAUCAUCAAGAUGGAACCAGAAGAUAUUCCUACGGAUGAAAUGAAAGACUUCAACAUUAUUAAAGUUGCUGAUAAGGACUGCAAUGAGUCCACUGACAAUGACGAGUUAGAAGAUGAACCGGAAGAGCCAUUUUAUAGAUACUAUGUUGAGGAAGAUGUCGGCAUUAAAAAGAGUGGUAGGAAAACCCUGAAACCUCGGAUGUCCAUGAGUGUGGAUGAAAGAAGUGGUAUAGAGAGCGUGAGACCCCCUAACAACAGCAGUCCGGUACAGGAGGAUGCAGAAAAUGCAUCCUGUGAGCUGUGCGGACUCACCAUAACUGAGGAGGACCUGUCAUCUCAUUACUUAGCCAAACACAUCGAAAAUAUCUGCGCGUGUGGGAAAUGUGGACAAAUACUCGUCAAGGGCAGACAGCUUCAGGAACACGCUCAGAGAUGUGGAGAACCUCAGGAUCUGACGAUGAAUGGGCUAGGAAAUGCUGACGAGAAGAUGGACAUGGAAGAGAACCCUGAUGAGCAGUCUGAGAUAAGAGACAUGUUUGUUGAAAUGCUAGAUGAUUUCAGGGACAAUCAUUACCAAAUAAACAGUCUCCAGAAAAAGCAGUUAUUUAAACAUUCCGCUUGUCCUUUUCGGUGUCCCAAUUGUGGCCAGCGUUUUGAAACUGAAAAUUUAGUGGUCGAACAUAUGUCUAGCUGCCUAGACCAGGAUAUGUUUAAGAGUGCCAUCAUGGAAGAAAAUGAGAGAGAUCACAGACGGAAACACUUCUGUAAUCUCUGUGGGAAAGGAUUUUAUCAGCGGUGUCAUUUGAGAGAACACUAUACUGUUCAUACUAAGGAAAAGCAGUUUGUUUGUCAGACAUGUGGGAAGCAGUUCCUAAGGGAGCGGCAGUUGCGUCUGCACAAUGAUAUGCACAAAGGCAUGGCCAGGUAUGUCUGUUCCAUUUGUGAUCAAGGAAACUUCCGAAAACAUGACCAUGUACGGCAUAUGAUUUCUCAUCUCUCUGCUGGUGAGACGAUAUGCCAGGUCUGCUUUCAGAUAUUCCCCAAUAAUGAACAGUUGGAGCAGCAUAUGGAUGUUCAUCUGUAUACGUGUGGAAUAUGUGGAGCAAAGUUUAAUUUGAGGAAAGAUAUGAGAUCACAUUAUAAUGCCAAGCAUUUGAAAAGAACCUGAGGGCCUUUCUGCGGUAUGAAUGUUUAGUUGAUAGGCAGAACACCAAAGCAAAAGGAUAUGAGCUAUUUAGACACUGAUUUUAUAAGAAGUGUUGGGAAAAUUUUUCCAAGGCCCUUUACUUUAACAUUUUUGUUUAGGACCUUACGUAUAUUUUAGGCAUUAAAUGUUUAUCACUUUUGAUGUUUCUAAGAGCAUCCUUUGUUCCUAGUUUUCUUAACUACCAUUAAAAGUACUUUUCAAUGUAGACUCAGUGCUGGCAUCCCUUCAAUGACUAUUAACUAGUUGGUUUUUUUUUUAAUCAAUAAGGUAAUGAUUUCACUAUUUCUCUGUACUUUCUUCAUUUUAAGGUUAUCCUAUGAAAUUUUAAACCCAGGAUCAUUGACCAUUCCUGCUUAAAUUUUUUAAGAAUUUUUAAAUAAUUAUUUAAAACUAUCUUAUUCUUUUUUGGUUUUGCUUUUUGGGGUUUUUUUGUUUUAUUUUUUUUGCUGUUUGUCAGUUGUAUAGUGGGGUAGCUGCUGUUCAUUCUCCCUUAUCAAUGAAAUCCAUAUUCUUAAAUUGACAAACUUAGGCAAGUGAGGUACACUGAAUCUAACCUUUAAGGUGGACAUGGGCUCAAUCUUGGCCUAAGAUUGAUGGACCUAAGGAAAUUCCUAUAAAUGAACAUUUCCUAUAAUUGAUAAAAUGUUAUCAUUUAAUAAUCACAUUUAAAACUUAUAUUAAGUGUAAAUCCCAAUGACUUUCCCUCACUUGAGAAAUUAGUGGGGAUAAGCCAUUUUGUUUUGUGAUACUGAAUUUAACUAUGAUAGUUAAUUAAAAAGACAUCUUGUAUUCAUUAAAAUAUUUUAAUUUAAAAAUAUUCUGAUUUCUAAAGUGUGUUAGUUUAUCAAUUAUUUUGUUUAUAAAUAGACUUUAAUAGCUCUUUAGGAAUAUGACAUCUAAGGAAAAAUGAUUUUUCAUUUUUAAAAUUACUUUGGAACUGAGAUUUGAAAAAGCUGCCAUGUAUAUUGAUAAAUCUAAUAAAAUAAAGAAAUCGAUUAUAAAUCUGGUUGUUCUAUAAAAGUAGAGUGCACAAAAGUGUGUUGUGUUUUACACUAAGAUUUGGAGGAAGUGUGUUGUGGAAAAUUGCUAUGCUUUAUAUAUCAUUUUCUGUAAAAGAUACAAGAUUUGAGGACUAUAAAAUAAUCACAGCAUAUAAAUGGAAAGAGCUUCUACUUGUCAGGGAAAGUCAUAUUGUUAGUUGUUGACAGGGUCUAUACUAUAUCAGUUACAUGUGAACUAAAACACUGGCAAAACACCCACCAAUAAACACAUCUGCCGAAUAGAAUGCCUUUUAAUGUGAAUUACUUGGAACAGCCUUCUUAUAUUGAAAGGGAUUUUAGUUAACAUAUUUAAGAGUAUGGCUUUGAUUAUGGAUGGUAGUUUUAAAAGCAUUGCUCUUUCUUGCUCUUGAUAUUUUUAAGAUAUGCAAAUCAUAUUCUCACAUGCUAUUUACAUAAUGUCACAGGUUGCCAUGAGACCUGAGAGACGUGUUGGCUAGUACAGGGUUAGUGGAAAGUACUGGAUAGAGCACAGUGUGAACACAGCUCGAUGGGCAUGUGCUGGAAUGUUAGUGAGGACAAGCAGUGCGGGCAGGAGCCAAGACAGUUAAAACCCGAUCCUGAGAAAAGGCACAACAACAAGAGUGAGAUCUGGGGAAGUUUUUCAAGUUGUUAACAGAAAAAGCUGAGAAAGUCAUUCAUUUUAAAAUGUCUUAGAUAUAAUAGUUUAACACGUACUUAAAACUGAAAAGAAAAUAUAAGAUGUGUAUGUAGCUUACUGGUAAGCACCUGAGAAAUGUUCUCUAACAAAGCCAGACGUCGAAGAGUAGUGGAAAGAAAGAGAAGACAAAAAUCAAACGAAAUGCUCAAGUUAUACCAUAUCUGAGGGGACCCCAUUUUUUUUGAGGGGUCACUUUUCCCCGUCAGAGUUUCUGUUGCAAAGGCUUUCCCAUAGUUAAAGGCAUUUUUUAAAUAUUUUCCCUCUUUGAAGAAGGAAUCCUCUUUUUACGAGGAAGAGAGGUUUGAUUUAGUGGGUUUAGUGUGUGCUAAUAACAAAUUAGCAAGCAAACGUAAUCUGACUUUACCCAACUGUGACAGUUUGAAAAAGGCAUGUUUGAUGGUGUUUUCUGUUUCAUACUACAUAGUAUGCGUGGUUUGGGGGAAUUUAGCUAUGGGUAGCACAGGUUUCUCCAAGUAGAAUGUACAGUUAAUUGUAUUUAACAAGACAGGGUUCAGGUGAAAGUUCCUUAGCUUGGGCUGGAGAGAUGGCUCAGAGGUUAAGAGCACUGGCUACUCUUCCAGAGGUCCUGAGUUCUAUUCCCAGCAACCACAUGGCGGCUCACAAUAAUGAGAUCUGAUGCCCUCUUCUGACAUGCAGACAGAACACUGUAUACAUAAUAAAUAAAUAAAUCCUAGAGGAAAAAUAAAGAAAAAAAAGACAAAAAAGUUACUUAGCUUGUAAAAUUAAAGGGGAUGAAAAACAUCCACCACUCCUCUGCCUCCGCUCCCUCUCGCCCUUCCUUGGGCUGUGAGGACAAUGGCUCAGGCCGGAAUAUUUGCCUGCUGCUUCUGUCUUUGAAAGUUCACACAUUUAGGAUCGAGGUUUUUUCCAGAUCUGGAGAGGAAAAGAGAAACCAGAGGAGUAGCAUCUUUUCCCACUAUUAAUGACACUUUUCAUUUGAAGUCCCAUUUCUGGGAUUUCUUGAAAAACAAUAGUCCAAUUGGAUUUUUCUCUCUGGCACUCCAGAUCAAACCCAGAGCCUCAACGUGCUAGGCAGCCAUUAUUUCCCUGAACUGUGUAUUAAGUUUCCCUUUUAUCAGAGAGAAAAUCAUGGAGAAAAUCAUCCAUUUCUAACAUGGUUGAUGCUCCAACAUGGAUCUAUAAUUUGUCAUAAAGACUGGACCUCAGAACUUAAUAAAGUAGAACCAAGGCAGCAAAAGUCUAGCACUCAACUGGUUUUAACCCCUCUUCCCUUCACUUUUCUUUCUCCCUUGUAGCCCAGGCUGGCCUGUCAUUCACUGCCUAACCCAGGCUUGCCUCAUGAUCAUGCUGAUCCUGUUUCAGCCUCCCAGGUUCAAGAGUUACCAGAUGGGAGCUGAAGCGAUCAGCUUCUCGUGUCCCUUCAGGUUCUUUCGUUUUUUGAGUCAGGGGCUUGCUCUGUAGCCCAGGAAAGGUUGGACUGGAAGUCACCAUUCCACUACUGCUCUUAGGGAGUGUUGGGAUCAUUACAUAAUGCUCCACCAUAUCCAGCUAAUUUCCCAUUUUUUUUUUUUUUUUUUUUUUUUUGGUUUUUCGAGACAGGGUUUCUCUGUGUAGCUUUGCGCCUUUCCUGGAACUCACUUGGUAGCCCAGGCUGGCCUCGAACUCACAGAGAUCCGCCUGGCUCUGCCUCCCGAGUGCUGGGAUUAAAGGCGUGCGCCACCACCGCCCGGCAUAAUUUCCCAUAUUUUUUAAAGUGAAAUUUUUCAGAGAAAUGACCCCACAUGGGUAACAGCAAAUGUGUAAUUAAUAUAAAGUAAUGAACAAUUUGACUUUAAGCAAAAUAGUAGGUCAGAAGGAUUCCAGAGGGUACUCUUAAAAGAAUUAAGCUGAGUAUGAUAGUUUAUGCCUGUAAUCCCAGCAUGCAAGAGGCUAGGCUAGGUUCAAGGCUACCCCUUGAGUUCAGGGCUACCCUGGUCUUUACAUAAUAAGACCCCGUCUCAGAAAAAGGAAAAAUACUGUUGAGGACAGCUUGCUAAGACAGAGCAGCAGUGGGCUUGAAAUCCAUGUUCCAGCUUGAAGCAAAAAUAUGAUGUAAAAUUGUUGGAAGAGGAGGUGCAGGAUUUCAAGUCUUGAUGAGGCUAACCCAGCUGUACCUGUGAAAUACCCAAUGGGAGAGUGGUUCUAAGCAUGGCAGGCAUGUGCCCCCAGAGAGCCAGUGGUGGUGGUUGGCGGUAACUUUCCCACUGGUUAAGCAAUGUUCCUUUAGAUCACUAAUAAAGUUCUCUAUUUACUAAAGCUCUGAAAAGUCUUCCUACGAGCCGGUGUAAUGUUGAAGAGAAAAACUGUUAUUGUUAACAAAAAUGGGUAAAUCAGGACGAAAAGAAAAGGACUUGAAUAUGUACAUACAGCUGAAAAGCUCAAAAUUUGACAUACCUAAUUUGAACUGGGUUUAUCAUUAACUUAAGGGCUGGAUAUGAUGGCACAUACUUGUAAAGCCAGCAUUCGGGAGGCUGAACCAGGACAGCAAGAAUUCAAGGCCAGCCUGGACUACAUGAUACCAUGUAACAAGUUGUUUUAAAAAAAAAAAAAAGCCCCCCCCCCCCCCCAUUGAUCUGUUUUGAUCAGUUCCUCAACUUUGCUCACCGUCUUUUCCUACCUAAGUGCUUCCCAGUGGUAAAAUGCCAGUCCUCUACCAUUAACCAGGAUUGCAGAGUAGCCAGCCGAAGGUGAGGGGAGCAUGUUUUCUUUCUUUCUUUUUGUUUUUCCCCAGUUUUUUGAGACAGGGUUUCUCUGUGUAGUUUUGGUGCCUGUCCUGGAUCUCGCUCUGUAGACUAGGUUAGCCUGGAACUCACAGAGAUCCACCUGGCUCUGCCUCCCGAGUGCUGGGACUAAAGGUGUGCGCCACCACCGCCCUGCAGGAGCAUAUUUUCAUAAAAUCCUGUCCUCGGUGCUUGAUAGCUCAGCUCAGUAAACUUGGUGUGAUGGUAUGGCCGCUACGACACUAACACAAGUGAAGCCAUCCUUCGUGUUAAUUUGAAUAAUUUGAAGUUUACAUCCCAGCUCAGGAAACCCAUAGUCUGCCCAAAGUAGGGCUCCCUACAGUCUGAACAUCCAUUUCUUCAGCACUCUAUAUGCGGAUGUUUUGCCCACUUAACUUUAAUUUGCCCUCCUCCUCUUUGAGGUAAGUAUACUAAUUUUCCAGGGGACCAAGGUCCUAAGCCACACAGAAACUAUAUGUUAGACCUGGAAUUUGAACUCAGUCUUUGACGUAGGCUACAUUCUUGUACUUACUCAUGAAGACACGAGUUCCAUCUACAAAGAAGUGCCUUUUCAGCUUAGGAUACACAUGAUAAAGGUCGUGUGAGGCGGUGCUCCUUCGUCAUCCGUCAUCUGUGACGCCUGGUAAGGUGACUGGUAAUAGUGGGUACAUAGGGAACAACCUGCGGUAAGACCUGCAAGUAGAAAGCACAACUGGAUUUAAAUGUGUCAUUCAGAAUGCUGUUUUAGACUGGAAAUGCUGAGGAAUGUUUUGACUAUGCUUCAUUUAAACUUAAAACAUUCGGUGGGAUAGUUAGUUAGUUGAGGGCCCAAUAAUCAUUUGAAAGUUAGUUUGAAUUCAGACUGCAUGUCUGUGCUGAGGCUUCCUCUCCAUCUGUUCCUGCUCUUUGUGUUUCAUUUACUCCACCAACCUCUGUUCCCCUGUUUUAGUCCUGGAACUAGUGAGUUGUUGAAGAAGUCAGAGUACUUGAGCAAAUCUCCCCGAGCGGGGGGUGGGGGUGGGGGGGGAUAAUAACCAGUUUCCUCUUGUUUGCAUGAAUAGAUGUGGAUAGGAAACUCAGGAUUCCUUUGGCUAGCAAACAUUCCCCUCUCCCAAUGGUAUAGUGUGGUUGCUUUAAUAAAGGAAUCCGCUUAAAACCAAAAGUUGGUUAUUCUAACAGUGUAUAACUCCACUGAUGAAAAUAUCUAGGUUUCUAGGUGAGCUCUUCAACGGCGGUCUUACAGAAGUGAAAGGUGACCCCGGGAGGUCGCAGCUUCAUAACCCCCCCAGUGUGGCAGCACUCAACACAGAAAGUUAACUAGUGCUUUAAGGAGAGCAAGAUUCAGACCUUUGAGCUCCUAGUUAAUGUCUCUACAACAGAUCCUAUGCUAAAGCUACCACUUUGGUAAUUUGCCUACCAUAUGUCAAUGACAUUUUGAAAUAAAGGAAUGAAAUGGAGAAUGUUCUGUGACUGGAAACAAUGUAGACAUUUAAAUGGCCUGCUCUUACCUGGCUCGCUCUCUAACUCUAGGACACAUUACUUGGUAAUGGGUAUAGUCUCAAAAAACAUGAAACUUAGCUCUUUAUAUGUUUAUAUUCUGGCAAAGGCAAAAAGUUAGCAUUGAGAUUAAAUCUUUAACUUCCUUAUGAUAGUCAAGAGAACCAAAUCACUGAGGCAAAUUAGUAAUGAGAGAUUUUCUUUGUAUCAAAGCCCACACAGAUCGAUGGAGGGCAGAAGGGCAUUAAAACUGAAAGGUGAUAUGAAGAAUACAGUUCAAUCUUGGUUUCAUUUUAAUGUGUCUGUGCUAAUCACUGAGCUAAGUAGAAAAUCAUAGGAAAGGCUAGCACCCGAGGAAGAUGAUAAAAGACAUUUCGGAGCCAAGAAUAAAAAUUUGCAUUAAAAAAAGCUGGUCAUGGUAGCAUGUGCCUUUAAUCCCAGCACUCAUCCCAGCACUCCGGGAGACAGAGGCAGGCGGACCUGAGUUCAAGGACAGCCUAGUCUACAGAGCAAGUUCCAGGACAGCCAGGGCUGCACAAAUAAACCAUCUCAGAAAACCAACCAAACAAACAAACAAGAAAAUUGCAUAGUAGUCUGUAAUGACCCAUUUGAAAAAGGACUAGAGUUAAACUUACAGCCUUUAAGCCAUACUUAAAACAUUGCUUUUACUCUGCUUAAGCCAAUAGUGCUACCUGCGUAUGCACUCUAUCAAGUGAAUAGACAGGGUUUGGUUUGGUUGUGUUCUGAAGAUGGGGUCAUGUAGCCCAGUCUGGCCUUGAACAGGGUGAUCCUCCUGCCUCUACCUCCCAAGUGCCAUAUCACAGGCAUGUAUCACCAUGCACAGCUACAGGGCUGUUUCUGAUUAAACAAAUAAAUCUAAGCACCCACAUUAUGAAAAUCACCUUUUCCUUCAAAUGCUUAUGUUCCCUAAUGUGAGAAAAAUAUUUUAAGGGACUUUUUUUUUUAAAGGAUAUGAGUAUUAGAGCAAAACAUUCUUGCAAAAAUACCACUUUGCCCAAUGUCAGGGGAUGGGUGAAGAGAAUUUCAAACCCAGGACUAUUCCCGGCCAUAUUUGUACUUGGUUUUUCAUUUGCAAAGUACACGCCUGAUAUCUGAAGAAAGUAGUUCGUGUGAUGGUUGAAGACUGAAAAAAUGAACUUUCAAAUUCAUCGCAUCUGUAUUUCAGUCAGAUAUUUGUCAUUAGCAAACACAUUGUGAAACUAGCUCGUUUGAAAGGAAGCACCUCUUGCUCAGCUCCCCUGCUUCUGAAACCCCAUCUUGUCUUUUGUUACAUACUUACGUAAGCAGCCAUGCUUGCUUAGACCAUACAAAAGCAAAACUAGAGAGGUGCCCUGUAUCCAAAGACUUAGACCAGGAAUAACAGUUUAUAAGUAAGUUCUGGGAGCUACUCUCUUGUUCCUACUCUGUUCCUUCAACAGUGUGCCUUUGCCAAAGCUAAAAUAUUCUGACCUAAGCAUGAUGUUGUCUUGUAGAGCGGUUUGCCUUGUGCUGUUAUUUUUCUUGAGUUUUGUCUUUUUCUGUGUGGCAGUGGUGAAAUAGGGCCCUCCCAGCCUCUGGAGAAGUGACAUGUGGCUCUGGAGAGGACAUGGGGAAGAAUCAUUCUUCAGCAGAUAACCUUUAAGUGCAGACCCAGGAAAUCAGAUCUGACGAGGCACCAUCUCUUUCUGUCUUCCUGCCACACGCCAUCAGCCCCCAAGUUCCAGUUGCAGAGAUCCAAGAGAACUCAGUAAUGAUCACUUUGGAAUCACAUUGUUGUAACAAAGCUGAUUCACAGUGACUCUCCUAGUACUUAUGGAAAACCUGCUCAAGAAAAGUGACUGUAAAAGUCAUGUGAUACCAAUGAUUAAGCUACAGUAAAAUGAAAGUUUACGCCAUGUAUCUCCACGGUGCCCUUCUAGGAUGAAGGGCUUGCUAGGCUACUGUAAAUGCAUUAUAAAGGGAGAUACAUAGUUCCACAAACACAUCAUUCUAAACUUAACCAGAAUUGUAGCUUAUAUACUAUGAGAUGUAGUUAAACAAUUUAAAAGAAUAUUAAAAAAUAUCUGUAGAGUGUAAGUAAAAAGAAAUGGGUACAGAAAAGAAAACCCAAGACCAGUUCUUUAACAAGAUAAUGUAGCUAUUAUGGAAGUGGAACACUAAUCUUCCUUUCUCACUAUGUACCAGUCACACACUUGCUUAUGAAUACCAGUGAAGCUUCUUUCUAAAAGUCUCCUGACAGAGGAGCAUUAUUCAGUAGUGAUAGAUUUCCACAAACUGUACAUUAUUUUCUUCUUCUGAACUUAUCGAUAUGGUCUCAUAGUGUAGAAUAAGUUUUUGUUAAUCUCAGAACUAUUGUAUAGUGUCCUGCUCAGCUUCAAGUUUCAAAACAAAAUUAAGUAUUAAAUGAAAUGGUAAUAUGUUUAUUAAAAAAACCUUUCUUGAGGUGAGAUUUAGUGAGAUUUGAGCCAGGCUAUGACUAUAAAUGCUUUGCUACACAUACACUCUUUAACCAUUUGAAUCUUAUAACCAUAUUAUUUCCUUAUUGUGGAUAUACUUUUUAUUUUUACUUUUUGUUAACUAUGUGACUAAUUCCUUAUUGCUUCUUGUUUGUGUGUGUGUGUGAUUUCAAAUGUUUAAAUGCUUACUUUGUUUUUAUGCAAAAUUCUUCAAGUAUUUUAAUAAGUUACACAAAGAAAUCUGUCCAAAGAAAUGGAAAGUGUGGGUAGUGCACACCUUUAAUCACAGUACUUGAGAGGCAGAGGCAGGCUGAUCUCUGAGUUUAUGGCUAUCCUAGUCUACAUAAUGAGUUCCAGGCUAGCCAAGGCUAUAUAAUGAGACCUUGUCUAAAAAAAAUAUUUUAAUUAAAAAAAGAAGCCAGGCGGUGGUGGCGCACGCCUUUAAUCCCAGCACUCGGGAGGCAGAGCCAGUAUAUCUCUGAGUUCGAGGCCAGCCUGAUCUACAGAGCGAGAUCCAGGACAGGCACCAAAACUACACAAAGAAACCCUGUCUCGAAAAACCAAAAAAAAGAAAGAAAGAAAGAAAAUCCUAACUUUAAGGUAGUAAUAACUUGAAUCUCAUUCUGGAAACUAAUUGGCCGAAAAAUCAGAGAAAGUCCACCAGAAGGGAUAAUGGGGAUAGAGAAGGAAAGAGCAAAGGAGAGUCCACCCAAGUUCAGCUUUGGAGCUGAUGUGUGAACUCCACCUGAGUGGACAGAACACUAUCCUAGCACUUGAAGGGGAGGUGGGAGGAUCAAGAAAAGGUCAAGGCCAGCCUUGGCUACAGAGUGAAUUCAAAGCCAGCCUGGGCUACAUGAGACCCAUCUCGAACAAACAGACAAAAGCAUUCCAAGUAUAUGACCGCUGCAAGAUAAAGAGUCUAGACCAGUGUUGGACUUUACAGACCACUGAGUUAAUCUCUUUGGGGAACGUAAGCAUAUAGGCUGCAGGCUUCUUACAAUACAUAGAAAAUUUUAAAAAUCCCCAUAACGAAAGGAACCAGAGCAGGAUAGAAAAGAUUCAAACAAUUUUUGACUAAGUUUUUAUUGCGCUAGAUUUACUAAAGAAAAUGGUUUGAAUUUUGACUGAACUAACUACACGUGUAAUGAAAUAUGAUAAUUACAAGUGGCAUAAGUACAUACUAUAAUGUGAUUAUUUUCUGUACAUUACUUUAAGUGGAAUUCUUGGAUUACAUACAGUAUUUUUGUUACAUUCUGAUAUCCAUUGCUUUUACCUAAUAAAAUGUCCUCCUCUA